AUAUAUAUUAUAUUGCAGGUUGUGGUUGACUGUUGUUGCUGCUGGUGUUUGUCGUCUGUAGCUAUGGCACAGUGACCGUGGGCGGUUUUGUUUACGUUUGGUGGAUUUUGAACAGGUCUUGGGCUGGAGAACAUCAGCUCUAUCUUGCACAACCCACCAACAGAGCAACAUCAAACACAAUGAAAUGACAUUUCCGUGAAUUAUGGAAACCAGCAAGUACAGGAAGAAGAAAUGGGAACUUAUCAUGGGACAUGAGACCGUUUGUAAACUCGUACAGGACAUGUUUGGUGAAAUGCAUCUGUUUCAGCCAAUCAUAACUGAAGAGCUUAAAGGAUUAUGAACGUGAUUUUUGAUGAAUGCUCAUCAAUUCUGUCGCAAUGUUUUCGAGAGGAACAAAAGGGCAGAUGGAUAAAUGCACAUUUAAAACAUUUCUUUUUUUAUCAUGUACUAUCAUUAUUUUUUUCACACUUAUUUUGGCAUACACAAACAAUUAUCCUCGUUACCAUUAUAUGGCUCCAUUCUAUAAUAUGCCAAAAAUCCCAGAGAAUUUAAAUUCAAUAACGCCCAUCAAAGACUCGGAGCAUUUCAUGGUGUCUGCGUUUAUUGACCACAGACUGGACGGGGUCAUUCGAGUCAUCAGCAUAAUCAAGAGAAACAGUCUUCAGCAACUUUACUGUGUUUACUGCAAUCCCACCAAGAUGAUUACUGGAUAUGACUGCAGAACUGUUCAGGCAGAUGUCCAGAUACACAGCGACCAUUUUGGCUUCCCAUUUCAUGUGUCAGAUGUGAUUUGUAAAGGCAAGCACACGCAAAAUGCAACACGUGUCCUCAUAUCUACUAAAGAUUCAGACAACAGUAAUAAUAAUAUGGACUAUCUGCCAAUAAAAAAUCGUGUCAUAACAAAUACUUUCAAGUUUAACUUCACCAUUUGCAUCUCCAACGUCUUUGGCAACUACAACAAUGUACUGCAGUUUGCUCAAACUAUGGAGAUGUACAAGCUUCUGGGUGUACAGCACAUUGUCAUCUAUAACACUAGUUGUGGACCAGACCUGGAAAAGCUUUUAAAACAUUAUGAAACAGAGGGAAUACUGGAGAUUGUUUCAUGGCCCAUCGACAAGUUUCUGAGCCCGUCUCCGGGCUGGAACUUCCAGGAAUUCAAGGGCGAUCUCCAUUAUUACGGUCAGUUAGUAACACUCAACGAGUGCAUUUACAGACACAUGUACCAAUCCAGGUACGUUCUCCUGAAUGAUAUUGAUGAGAUCAUCAUGCCGUACAAACACACCAAUUUACCAUCUCUUAUGAAGGAUCUCCAGUCUGCUCAGCCCAAUGUAGGGGUGUUCCUCAUAGAGAACCACAUAUUCCCCAAAACACAGUUUGAGGACAGUGGGAAGUUCAAACGAGCAGAAUGGCAUAAUAUUCCUGGUGUCAAUAUCAUGGAGCACAUUUACCGAGAACCUGAUCGAAAGAACGUUUACAAUCCCACCAAGAUGAUUGUCGAUCCAAGGAAGGUGCAGCAAACCUCAGUACAUUCCACUUUGAAAGACUUCGGUGGUUCUUACCAUGUACCAUUUGAUGUAUGUAGGAUUGUACAUGUGAGAGUCCCACUGCAGGGACAUCUUACCAAAGACCAACUGUUUGUAGACAAAAGAGUCUGGGACUUUGAGAAAGAACUGAACCCAAACGUUGACCAGGCACUGAGUUUUUCAGGUUUGUUAAGGCCUUAACAGUUUAUUAUAAUUACACAAAUGUGAGAAAUUUAAAAUGUAUGCCAGUUGAGAAAUAUAAUCUCAGCCUGAUGAAGGCCAAAGUAAAGUUAAAAAGGUAAAGCUUUUUUUUUCACUGUACAGCUGAUGUGCUGAUUGUCUCGCAUAUGUCCCUUUCAUUUUCUUACUUCAUUAAAUACAUUUCCUGUUAACUUCCUCUUUCCUUUUGAAGUUAAAAUUACUGUAAAUUUAUAUUGGCAAUUGUAAAUGAUAAAUUAUUAUUAAUUUUGCAUUAUUUUAUGUUCUUGAUGAUAACUGUAAUAUUGUUUUAAUACUUUGUAUUUCUGUUACAUGCAAUAUGUGUCAAUUAUCAUUUGUGUAUUUGUGCAUUGUGUGUCAUUCAAAUGUGCACAUAUAAUAGGCAUGAAGUUUGAACAAUAAUGGUGCUUUAAAAUUUCACAAAUAUGCAA